AUGGCGGAAGAAGCGAAGAAGCUCUGGGGCGGUCGCUUCCGCGGCAAUGUGGACCCCGUGAUGAACAAGUUCAACGAGUCGCUGUCCGUGGACAAACGCAUGUGGAGCGUCGAUCUGGAUGGCAGCCAGGCGUACGCGCGUGGCCUGGAGAAGAGCGGCGUCUUGACGUCAGACGAGGCCAACGAGAUCGUCGCGGGACUGGACAAAGUGCGCCACGAGUGGGCGACAGGCGCUUUCGAGCCAAAGGAAGGAGACGAGGACAUCCACACGGCCAAUGAGCGCCGUCUCACGGAACUCGUGGGCGCCGUGGGCGGCAAGUUGCACACGGGGCGCAGCCGCAACGACCAAGUGGCUACUGACGUGCGCCUCUAUUUGAAGCACACGAUUGGCCAAAUAUACGAAAGCAUGCGCGAGCUCAUUGGUACCGCAAACCUAUUGGCUGAAAAGAACAUUGAGCUCCUCAUGCCUGGCUUCACCCACUUGCAGCCAGCCCAGCCGCUGCGUUUCUCGCAGUGGGUUUUGAGUCACAGCGCCGCGCUCCUGCGAGACGCCGAGCGGCUCACGGACCUUACGAAACGUGUGGAUUACAUGCCGCUGGGCAAUGGCGCGCUGGCUGGCAACUCGUUUGGUCUGGACCGCGAAGCGCUGGCGCAGUCGCUCGGCUUUGCGCAUGUGACGCCCAAUAGUCUCGACGGAGUGUGCGACCGUGACUUUGUCGCGGAGUUCCUCUUCUGGGCGUCCAUGUUCAUGGUGCAUCUCUCGCAGAUGUCCGAAGACCUGAUCAUUUACAAUACGCUCAAGUUCGUAACCAUGGCAGAUGCCUACAGCACGGGCAGUUCGCUCAUGCCGCAGAAGAAGAACCCAGACGCGCUGGAGCUGCUACGAGGCAAGAGUGGUACUGUCAUUGGUCGUCUGAGCGGCUUCCUUGUGACGCUCAAGGGCUUGCCACGCUCGUACAACAAGGACUUGCAGGAGGACAAGACGGCGCUUUUUGACGUGGUGGACACGAUCCAAGAUUGUCUGCAGAUCGCCACGGGCGUGCUGGCUACUAUGACCCCGCACGGCGACAAGAUGCGAAGCUUUCUCGUGACGGAGAUGCUGGCGACUGACUUGGCCGAGUACCUUGUGCGCAAGGGCGUCCCAUUCCGUGAGACUCACCACGUUGCUGGGGCAGCCGUGCGACUGGCUGAAGACAAAAACAAGGCUCUGAGCGCGCUCACAUUCGAGGAGCUGUUGACGUUGCACCCCAAGUUCGAGCAAGACGUCCUGAAAGUGUGGGACUUUGACGUCAGUGUCGAGCGCAAGAACGUCACGGGCGGCACGAGCAAAAGCGCUGUGGAGCAGCAGAUCGCUAACAUCAAGGCGUGGCUUGCUUAG